GUAUUUGAGUUGGCUCGGGUUGUCCGCUCAACAUUUUUCCACCCGCCAUAGCCCCGAUGUAAUUUUGUUCUCACUAAACUCGGUGGAAGAAAGUGCAAAACAAGCCCAAGAAAUUAUUCCAACGGAUCAAAUUCUUUCAGGCAACAAAUACUGAUUCCGCCAUGCCCAUCAAAUGGGUUUUGCACUGGCAGCCUAAUCCAGGCACAACAGUGAACACCCAAAUUCUCACAGAAGUGUCUCAGUGUGUGGAGGGCAUUAACGGGGUCAAGGAAGGAAGGUGGAAAGCUACUCUCAGCUUUUAUAAACCCAUGGUUAGAGAACAAGCGAAUGCGAUGGAAUUUCCUCGUGAUUUUUUGGGGAUUUCACUCCAAGAGCAGCCCAAUAAGUAUUACCUUGUGAUAAGAGGGCAGCGGUUGAUUGUUGAGGCAGAUUCUACAAUUCAGACAAUUAUGGAAAAACUGCAGUCAUACAAAACAAGGGUAGCGCUUAAUUUUGAGGGCUUUCAGUAUCAACUAGGAGACUUCCAGUUACGUGUGGGGAAAGUUGUUCCAAUCCACUCUGAAAGUUUGAGGGGAAUUGUUAUGGAGAUGGAGUAUUUACCUAUUUCAUCAUGGGAAAAAUCACACCAAAUCAUGGGCGAGUUCUUUGAUAUAUGGCAGGAAGCUCUCUCAAAAAGAUCCUUGCCGGGUCAUUUUGUGCAUAUUGAGCCCAACUUUGCAGAAUAUGGCCUGUCAGAUGAAUACAGUUCACAACACACGGCAGCACAAUAUGCUAGUAUUAUGGCUCAAAUGAUAGCCACGGCUCAAUCGGCACAAGCAGCUAGAAAUUAGAGACUUUGGAUACGAGUUUAAUACUAAUAGGCAUCUUUAUCUGGCAGUUCUCUAGUGCUCCCUUGAUAUCACGUCUUUUCUUUUCUGAUAUUUAAUUAAUUUAUCAUACAGAAAAGCUGAAAUCCAGUGGUUGGCAACAUCAUAA